AUGCAAAGCACUUCUUCCGAGCAACUUGCAGCUUCGUCGGAUGGCGAAGGUCGAAAUGAAGGAACAAGCGCACUUAAUGCUUUACAAGUAUUAUCUGAAUCGAUAAAUGAUGUCUAUACCCAGAUUAUUAUGGCACGGUCGGUUCCGGCCGGUACCUGCCGGAGCUUGCUGGAAUCGAGAAGAGCUGUACCAGAACCGACUCAGAUUUCAACGGAUCCAGUCGCCGGAAUGAUCGGCCUGGGUAAUUCUCAAUCAGAAGCAGUCCCAUUAGAUGAUCCAAAAUAUUGGGCGAUCUAUCA